AUGGCCCGCCCGCCCGUCACCGCACCGCACGGCUUCCGCGCCGAUAUUGGUAAACGUUUGACAGCUCAACUGCACGAAGCCGCUACUCGCCGGGACUUGUCUCCAACCAGUCGCCGGGCUCUCAACCGUGUUGCUAACUCGCUCAGACGGCAGAGGCGCGGUCGCGAAGUGGCCAACCAGCCCGCCAAUGUCCAACCUACUGUCACUCAGCACGCUCUUGUCGCUGAUCAGAUUGCCGAGCCCACCGACAACCAGUCCACCGGCGACCAGUUCAUCGGCGACCAGUCCAUCGACGAGCAAUUCACUGACGAGCAGCCCACCGGCGACCAAUCCAAUGACGACCAGUCCAGUGAUGAGCAGCCCACCGUCACUCAGCACGCACCUACCGCUGAUCAGUUUAUCGUCACUGAACAUGACGAGACCAACGAGCAGGGCGUCUUAGACCAACAGCCUGAUGACGGCCAGCAACCCAUUGACGACGAGCAGGAUGAAACCUCCGCCACCGUGCCUUCCUCGACCAAGCGUCGGUUCCCGCCCAACUUGCCUUAUAACCAAUGCUGCGACGAUACUCAGAAGGAGCGGGAUCGCUCCAUCAAGGGAGUGCGCGAGGACUGGGACAUUCUCCCAUCUGUCCAGAACAUUCUAGAGUGUCUUGAUUUAGACAUGCGUCCACUAGUCGAUCCUACUCCAGGUCGGGUGAGCUCUCACUCCAAGAGAUCGGUGCUGGAGGUCGGAAAUAGAACAAACAUCCAAGAGAAGCCUGCCAGAGACGUUUCGUCGCAAUUUUUGUCGAGUCUCCGUAGGUUUGCCGGUUUGACCCUUCAAAAGCGACUUUACGGCGUCGCCAUUCUCCGCGACCAGCAGUAUCAGCGUCAGCGCCCUGUUAGCCCUUCGAGCUGGAAGAAUGUGAUGGAAUUAUUGCAUUGCGAUAUCCUUGCCGCAAUCGACCAUGAAGAGCUUCUCCAGUCUAAGGGCGAGGGCGCACUCGCAGUUGUUCCUACCAUUUCUGCGUCCGAUGUCGCCGCCCUGUCUGACGCUGCCGAGAAGGACCUUUUGCUCGAAGCUCGCCUCAUCUUGGAGACCAACGCUGCGUUUUUCGCGGACAACAGUACCACCUUGAGCCUUGAGGACGUUUUGCAUGUUGAGUCCGUUGACGACCUGGAUUUGAAAGCACUGAGAGCCACUGUCUUCGAGGCUCGUCAGAACGAGAGUACCGCUCGUAAUGGUUUGAUGCAGAGCGUGGGACAUCUCAAGAACCUUCAGCAGAGGGAUAUCUCUUCCCCUGCCAUUGAUGAUGCACUGAGCAAAAUUGGUGCAUCCCUCAACCUGGCUCGUCGUCUUAGCCUCCGUAGGUACUACCUACAGCGCUUUUACAAGUUCAAGAAGGUCCAACACAAUUCUACGAACGCGACCAUUACCGCUCUCUUCGCUCCUUAG